AGGAGCCUUGUGAGGACAGCACAGUUCUGAAGCUACUGGGAUCACUGGGCUCUGCAGCUGUAGCAGGCAUCUUCCUCCACAAUGUGGCUGCUGGUUUUCUUAGUGUGGUUGGUGAUAUGGGCCGGCGGGACGUACUGGUACCUGUUUGGGAAACCGAGUCCGUUCUCCCUGGAGUCGCUGAGACCACCAGGACCUCGAGAGUUUGAUCAGAAGAAGCGGGACAAGGUCAUCAAGCAAGGUUUCAGCCUCGACAAGGUUCCUGAGGGUCUGGAUGUCAUCGUCAUCGGCAGUGGUAUCGGCGGACUGACGGCCGGCGCCACGCUGGCCAAAGCCGGGAAGAAAGUCCUGGUGCUGGAGCAACACGACCAGGCCGGCGGCUGCUGCCACACCUACAUCGAGAAAGGCUUCGAGUUUGAUGUUGGGCUUCACUACAUUGGCCAGGUCCACGAGAACAGUCUGCUGCGGAUCGCCUUCGACCAGAUCUCUGAGGGUCAGCUGGAGUUCACGCAGCUGAACCCCCACUUCGACACCAUCCAGAUCGGCCUGGGCGAGGACAAGCGCGAGUACACCAUGGUGUCUGGUAAGACGGACAUGAAAACUCAUCUGAUGAAGCAGUUUCCAGAUGAAACCGAGGCCAUCGAGACCUUCUUCAAAAUCAUGAAGAUCUCAGCGAAGAAGACUCACUACCUGGCGACGCUGAAGCUGAUCCCUCAGUGGGUUGCUCUCUUCCUGCUGAAGUCCGGCAUCGCAGACCUCUUCUCCGAGGUCUUCCGCCUCUCUGGCACAGGCGCGUCCGGUUUGGUGAACACACUGACGAAGAACAAGGACCUCCACGUCAUGUUCUCCUACCUCUUCUACGGCGUUCCUCCGAAGGACUCCAGCGUUCUGAUCAACGCCCUCCUGAUUCAUCACUACAAACGAGGGGCCUACUACCCCAGAGGUGGUGCCAGUGAAAUCGCCUUCCACAUCGUCCGCACCAUCCAGAGAUACGGAGGAAACUGCCUGGUCCGAGCUCCUGUCUCCCAGAUCCUGGUGAAUGAGAAGGGGGCAGCGUACGGCGUGAAGGUGAGGAAAGGCCAGGAGGAGCUGGAGGUUCACGCGCCUGUGGUCGUCUCCAACUGUGGAAUCUUCACCACCUUCGAGAAACUUCUUCCACCUGAGAUCCGGGUCAAGCAAGAUAUCCAGGAGCGGCUGAACAUGAUGAAACACGCCCGAGGGUCGUUCUUGGUCUUCAGCGGCUUCGAUGGGACUGAGGAGGAGGUGGGCCUCGAGUCCACAAACUUCUGGCUGUUCAAGAACAAUGAUAUGGACAAGUCGAUGGACGACUUCUUUGCACUGAGCAAAGAGGAAGCACCAGAUAACAUCCCCAUGAUGUUCAUCACGAUGCCGUCUGCUAAAGACCCAGAGUCCAAAAUCAGAAACCCAGGAAAAUGUUGCAUGACAAUUCUGACCAUGGUGAAGUACGAGUGGUUCGAGGAGUGGAAGGACACGACCGUGCGGAAACGGGGCAGCGACUACUACGACUACAAAAUGCGGUUUGCGAAGAACCUUUUCGACUGGGCCUGCACGCUGUUCCCUAAAAUCAGAGACAAGCUGGUUUUCCAGGAUGUGGCGACCCCGCUGACCAACAUGCACUACCUGGGUGCCCAACGUGGAGCCAUGUACUCCGCAGAGCAUAACAUUGAGCGUUUCUAUGCGGAGGCCGUGGCGAGGAACAGGUGCAACACCCCCGUCAAAAACCUCUACAUGUCAGGCCAAGACGUGUUCAGCUGUGGGAUAGCAGGAGCUCUCCAUGGCGGACUCCUCUGCGCCUCUACCGUGUUGGAUCACAUCGUCUACAUCGACUUGCUGCUUCUUAAGAAGAAGCUGAAGAGGAGGAAAGCCAAAGAACUGAAGAAACUGCAGUGAGUCGGCGUUGUGCUUCCCCUGCAGGACAUGAGUGAAACUGCACUAACCUGAUGCAGAAGGACCGUUGAUUAUGACGGGAACACCCCCCCACUGUGUCCUAGUUCUAUACGACCUACGUCUGUGCAUACGCUUCUCAAAAGACACUUUUCAUUAAGGGAACAGAUUGGAAGAUGAACAUUGUGGACAUGGAAAAUGUCACAAGGUGAAGCCUUCCAACUUGAAUUACCUUUAUCUUGGAAACAUACCGUAGAUUGUAAAAUACUCCAGCGUGAUCAAUGCCCUCCUGGUAGAUCGUUCAAUCUAGUGCUGCCAACCAUAGAUCUUAUAUAAAAAGUUGGACAUGACAGCUCCCAGAGGGGAAGCCGAAUCCCCUUGAUCGCCCCCUAGUGGCUGGCUGCAGUGUUGAUCACAAACCUUAACUUUCACUAAGUGGAAAUGGACCAAACGAAAAGUCUCUGUUAAGUUAGGCAAAGCUCUUAACACACUGUUUGUUGGAAUGUCAAUUUUCCCUUUGAGUUUGGUUCUUAUUAGUUAUUUGACGAUAUGAAAACGGGUGAAACACUAUGAUUGACAGCUGACUCGUGAUUGGUCGAGAGCCUGCAACUUCAGAGAGUUGAGACAUGUUGUCCAUCUUUAUUUGCAGCCUAUAAACACUGUGCUUCUUUCUAUGCUUACUACCUGAUAUGUUUAUCCUCUGCUUACAUACUUUUAAAUAAUAAUAUAUUGUUUUUACUAUAAUCACAUGCAGAUAGAAACAGAAAAAACUAUGUGGAAAAACAUUUGUCUUUAUUUUACUGACCUAUGUAAGAUUUUUUUUCUUAAUGUACAGUAACUCCUUUUGCUUUAUUUU